GCCAGAUUUUGGUUAACAUGUUACCAGCUUAAUCCUUACAAGGUACAUUUUAAACACUUUUUCUGGACGCCGCCAUCAUCGUUUGCGUUCAUCGGCCUGUACUUGAAGUUCAUUCUCACCACAGACUUGCUUUCCUUGUCCAUUCCUUACCACGUCGCUUGUCGCUUGACCAAUAGAGACAACCUCGAUCAAUCAUUCGCGACUAUUUGACACUCAGGGCGAGCCAUAUUGUAGCUUCGCUAAUAUGCAGCGCUCCCUGCCUUCAAUGUCUGGAACUCACGCGGGGACCUACCAAGCACAGCAGUUUAAACCAUGUAGCUUUCACAUGAGGAAGCGGCAAAAUGUUCAUGGCCGACGAGUUGUGGUGCAGGCGACCCUACCAGAAAUUGCAAGCAUUGCUGACGCCUUUCAAGGGGUAGUGGCUGCCGCUACUGCCGCAGCACCCGCUCCCUUACAGCCUGCCGUCUCAGUAAUAGGCGGCGACAUCGCAUCCUUGGCGACCCUGUCCCCCACUCUUCCAGGGCUCGGUAGACUAACGGCUCUGUACUACCUGCUCUUCAGCAACCCCAAUCCCUUCUGGAACAUCUGGGAUUUCUACCUGGGCACGCAGCUGUCAGACCGCCGCAACAGCCGCUGGAGCAGCGCCGACUUCCAACUGCGUGACAAGCUGGGUGGUGGCAACUUCGGCAUCACAUUCGAGGGACUGCGCCUCUCGUCGGAUGACCAGGUCGUCUCGCAGCGCAGCAAGCUGAGCCCCGAGCAGAAGAAGCGGCGGGUGGUGCUCAAGCGGGUCAACAUGGACCGCCAGGGCAUCAGGUCCGACUUCCUGAAGACGGGCACGCUGGCCAAGGGCAGCGCGGAGAGCGGCAUGGUGGAGGCGUACAUGUGCGCCAAGGUGCAGCGCAACCCCGCGGCGGCCGCCUGCUGCGCCGAGUACCUGGGGUACUUCACAUGCACCACUGUGGACGGCGCCUUCACCAGGGGCAGCCAGUGGCUGGUGUGGAAGUUCGAGAGCGACGCCACGCUGGGUGACGCGCUGGACGGGCGGCUGGGCGCCUUCCCCGCCUGCCUGGAGGGCUUCAUGCUGGCGGGGCGGCGGGGGCCGGCGGAGGGGACGGCGCAGGACAAGCGGGACAUCAAUGUGAUCAAGGCGGUGAUGCGGCAGGUGCUGGUGGGGCUGCGGCGGCUGCACGCGCUGGGCAUCGUGCACCGGGACAUCAAGCCGGAGAACCUGCUGGUCACGGUGGAUGGACAGGUCAAGAUCAUCGACUUCGGCGCCGCGGUGGACAUGUGUACGGGCAUCAACUUCAACCCGCUGUACGGCAUGCUGGACCCCCGGUACUGCCCGCCUGAGGAGCUGGUCAUGCCGGCGAACUUCCCCCGCGCUCCCGCGCCCUUCGUGGCGGCGCUGCUGUCGCCCUUCGCCUGGCUGUACGGCCGGCCGGACCUGUUCGAUUCGUACACCGCGGGAGUGCUGCUGAUGCAGAUGUGCGUGCCCGAGCUGCGCCCCGUGGCCAACAUCCGGCUGUUCAACACGGAGUUGCGGCAGUACGACAACGACCUCAAUCGCUGGCGGGCCUACCGGGGGCAGAAGUACGACUUCUCCCUGCUUGACCGCAACAGCGGGGCGGGCUGGGACCUGGCGUGCAGGCUCACCAGCAAGCGUGACAAGUACUACCGCGGUCGGCUCAGUGUGGGCCAGGCGCUGUCGCACCGCUUCUUCCUGCCCGAGUUCUGAGGGAUGGGGCGGGGGGGAUGGAUGGACGGAUGGAUGGAUGAGGGCCGGAUGAUGUUGUUGCUUGAUGAUGAUGGGUGGGGGGUAAACGCAUGGGGUCAACGAUGUAUGUUUGGAGGGGCGGAAGGGGCGACCCCGAGUGGAAUUACUCUGUUGCGGCAUGCCCGCUUACUUGGUGGUGGCGCGGGGAUCCUAGACGCGACUUAGCAGUAAUGGUGCAUGGGAGUUCGGUUGCAAUGUUCGGUUGCACGGCGUGGGCCCUCUAUUCCUUCCUGUACCCGCAAUUUACCUAAACAGCUUAUGUAUAUCGUAGUAUGUAGUGACAGCCAC